AUGAGGCCCAAUCAUCAUUCGUUUGGGGAUUUUUCCUCGAUUCAUUCUUCCGGAAGUGCUUUAUUUCCCAACUCAACAACAAUAACAACAACAGGGUCCCCUUCUGUGCGAAACAACAAUAACUUUUCUUUUCAACCACCACCACAACCCCUUGAAAUGAAUACAACAACAAUAUCAACAGCAAUGACUAACCCUUCAGCUUCAGAUCAACGAGCCACCAACAAUAAUGAUGCAUUACCGUCCUCAUCCGCUUCGUUAUUAUUGUCGUCAUUCGAACCUUCAUCAUCAUCCGCGUAUUAUUCUGUGAUGGAUCAAGCCGGAGAAGACAACUACCGUCAACAACAGUUACUUUUAUUAAAUAAUGCAACUGAUUCAAAUAAUCAUCAUCAUCAUUACGAUUCCCUCUCUUCUCCUCUCCACAUGUAUAAUAAGAUAAUAUUUGAAGACUCUGAAUAUCUCUAUCGGAAUGUCACCCGAGAUGAUUUACCCUCACUGAAGAAAUUACAACAAGAAUUAUUUCCUGUACAAUAUAACAAACAAUUUUAUUUGAAAUUAUUGGACAAGAGUAAAACAUAUACUCUAUUGUCAUUCAGUAAGGAACACAACGAGCUGAUUGGAGUGUGCUCUUCCUCAAUUUUAACGGAGGAGAAACAAGAUGGAGGAUUUUGGCACAAUUUAUUUGGAUAUCCCGACAAGUGUAAUAUUUGUUACAUCAUGACUUUGGGUGUCAAGAAAAAUCAUCGAAGAAAGGGUCUAGCAAGUCGAAUGUUACAAAUCUUGGAGGAAGUUGUCUCUGCUGAACCUUAUUUCUGUACAAAACUUACUUUACAUUGUAAAGUGGACAAUGAACGAGCUCUCUCCUUCUAUAGGCAAAAUGCAUUUUUCAUUAAGGAGAAAAUUGAUGGAUACUAUGAUUUUGGAUCACAUAUGGAGGCUGCUUUCAAAUUGGAGAAAAAUCUUUCCAUUGAAAAUGAACAUUUUAACAGUGAUGUAAAUUUUUUAGGGCUACCCUCGGCACUAUCAGGACUCCUUACUUCUGAAAGUAGGACAUCCAUAGCCGUGCCCAGUAGUAGUGGAUCAACUGGAAAUUUUAAUGAAGUGACACCUAUGACCAGGACGAAUUAUAAUAACAGCAGCAGUGGUAGUAGUGGUGGUGGGAGUUCUUCACUUGGAUGCCUUUCUCUAACGUUACAACUAUGGAGGUUUUUUAUUGAUUCUUUAAAGAUUUUUACUAAGGAUUCUCUGACCAUGUUGACCAAUUCCGUGGUGACAAAUACAAGUCAACAACACUUGGCACAUUCUACCCUCAAUACCACUUCAACGCCUGGAAGCGUAGCUAUACCAAAUCCAAGACCAAGAAUAAUUCUUCAAAUUCAAGAGCAAGAAUGUGAAUAA